AUGUCGCAGAAACAGAUCUACUACUCCGACAAAUAUGACGAUGAAAAAUAUGAAUACAGACAUGUUAUGUUGCCCAAGGAUAUUGCCAAACGUGUACCAAAGACUCAUUUAAUGUCGGAGUCCGAAUGGAGGAACCUUGGCGUGCAGCAGAGCCAAGGAUGGGUUCAUUAUAUGAUUCACCAGCCAGAGCCACACAUUUUGCUCUUCAGGAGGCCUCUUGCCAAUCAAAAAUGA